AGUAAAGAUAGCAAUGCCAGAUAUCUCAGGACAGAGAGUAGAGGCUGGUUUUAGUUAAUUUUUGACUGAACUGUCAGCUGACUGUCAGAGCCCCUGUAUAUAAUGAGGAAAUUUCUGUCAAACUGUCUGCAGCAAAGAGGACAUCAAAGGCUGUAAAGAUGCGUGGUAUCAUUGCUAGUUGUGCACUUGCAACACUGCUGCUGGCUGUAGCCAGGGCACACCACCACCCCCACCACCACGCUGGGCCUAGACAGAGCCAUGGCCACGAAAUGAAGUGCCACAUCCUGUCCCAUCACAAUGCUGACUUCGCCUUUGCCCUCUACAAAAAUCUGAAUACCAAGGCUGCUGCUGGAAAGAACAUUUUCUUCUCGCCGCUGGGCAUCUCCACUGCCCUAUCCAUGUUGACUGCAGGGGCCAGUGGUGAAACCCACAGUCAGCUGAUCUCCACUUUGGGCUAUGGGGCUUUCAACCAGACACAGAUCAAUAACGCAUAUAGGCAUCUGUUCUACAGCCUUCAACCCAGCGAGAAGAAUCAGGAGUUGUUUCUCGGCAAUGCCGCUGCAGUGCGCUCUGGCUUCAAUCCUCUGAGAAAUUUUGCUGAGGAUGUUGAAAACGACUACUUUGGUAAAAUCUUCAAUGUCGACUUUGCCAAACCUGCUGAGGCUGCAGCUGAGAUCAACAGAUACAUUGCUGGCAAAACACAAGACAUGAUCAAAGACCAAGUGAAGGACCUAGACUCUCAAAUGGCCAUGGUGCUGAUCAACUAUGUCUACUUUGCAGGAGAGUGGGAGAAACACUUUGAUGGUAACCUGACAGAGAAGGGUGACUUCCACGUGGAUGGAACCACUAAGGUUGAGGUGGACAUGAUGAAGAGGACAGGUCGCUACGACUUCUAUCAGGAUGCUGAAAACCACACUACUGUCAUCAUGCUGCCCUACAAGGGCAACACCUCCAUGAUGAUUGUUCUGCCUGAUGAAGGCAAGAUGAAGGAGGUGGAGGCCUACAUCAACAAGGACUACCUCAGACACUGGCAUGACUCACUCUACAGGACCUCUGUGGAUCUGUUCCUGCCAAAAUUUUACAUCAAUGCUGAUGCCCCACUAGACAGCUCGCUGAAAGAAAUGGGCAUAACCGAUGCUUUUGGAGACAAUGCUGAUUUCUCUGGCAUAUCAGAGGAGGUCAAGCUCAAACUCUCAAAGGUGUCCCACAGGGCUGCGCUGAGCGUGUCUGAAACAGGAACACGAGCAGCAGCCACAACCACCAUCGAGGUUAUGCCCAUGAGUAUGCCUGAAACCAUGAAACUCAACAGACCCUUCUUGGCUUUCAUCCUGGAGGACUCCACUAGGAGCAUCCUCUUCAUGGGCAAGAUCAACAACCCCGUGUAAAGACUAGGAACAUGAAUGUUACAUUAGAGUUUCACACUGUAAGCAAGUUUCAGUAGCUUCAGGACAUUAGUUCAGUUUUACCUAAGCAUUUGACAUGUUCCAGUGGCCAAGAGCAUUGCAGGAAAGAUGAAUAGAGUAUAAUUUAAUGAAUAGCAGAACAGCAGAUCUAUCAUCACAUAACAGAAAUGCUAGUCUAUUAAUCUGCUUGCAAUCCCUUAGCAUGACACAUUUAUUACCAUUUGUCAUCUGAACCUGGAUAGGUGAAUAAAUGUCAAAAUACAUCAUGUGUCAUAUCCAGCUGACUGUUGUAUAUGAUACAUACAUUAUGAGCUAUAUCACUUCAUCUGCUAACACACUGAGCUAACUUGUUAUUGUGCUAUUGCUGUCCCAGCAUUGUUUUAGUAUGAAGUGAAAUAAAGAUUUGUCAUGAACAACUGG